AUGUCUCGCUCGAAAUUUCCUCCCACGCCUGCCAUGUCCGGUGAAUUCAUCAUCAAGGAACAGCCUUGUGAUGCCACCGAUCUCUUUGCUCUGCCGCCUGCUGCCCUGAGCCCGGCCAAGGUCGAAGCAGCCAGUCGGCGAUCCUCUCGAUCUGACCCGUCCUUUAUUCCGGUCUCGCCAACGUCGCCUGACCUCACGGCCCGUAAUGACUAUCCCUCACGAGCAAGCACAGCUCCCAAGCGUCCGCUCGAGGACUUUGAUUUGCCACCGCCACCUACCCGGACCCGCAAGAUCAUCCAGAUGAAGCCCAAGGCGCCGGGGAAAUCCUCCAAAGACACCGGGAAAGCCUCGCCCCAACCGUCACCGGACUCGCCCACCAAUGCUUCCCCGGCUUCCAAGAAAAAGCAGCCAACCACCACGAGUGCCGCGGGGCGCAAAAUUGCUCGCAAGACAGCCCACAGCUUGAUUGAGCGGCGCCGGCGGUCCAAGAUGAACGAAGAGUUUGGGACAUUGAAGGAUAUGAUUCCCGCCUGUCAGGGUCAGGAGAUGCACAAGCUGGCCAUCUUACAGGCCAGCAUCGACUACGUCAACUACCUGGAACAGUGUGUCCACGACCUCAAGACCGCCGGGACCACCCGCACAUCUGCAGCUCCACCCUCGCCCACAUCCCCCGAGUUCAAUGCCUCGGGGCCUGUGGAGUCGGUGCAGCAGUCUACCCGGGAAUCUCCAUCUUCUGCAUCCUACUAUUCCUCCGCCUCACCAGAGUUGCCUCCUCAGGCCACUCAGUUCCCGGACACCUCGCCGUCAUUCUCGCCACGCACCCGGGUCCCUUCGGCGCAUGCGUUGACAGACCCGCCCUCUGUUCUCCCUAGCCCUGCUUUGGGGCCGACUCUCUCGGCUGGAGAAAAUGCACAGCCGCUCCAGGGCGUCGAUCACGAGGCCUCGGCUGCGUUGCUCAUGUUGACCCAGGACCGUAGGGGUACGGAAGUCUCCAUCAAUGAGCAUUUCUCUGGGAGUACUACUCUCGCGGCUCCGUCUGGGGAGACUAAGGAGGCACCUGGGUCCAACAAGAGGAGGUGUAUGAGUGUCCGUGAUCUUCUGAUUUCAUGA